AUGACCACUGAACAAGAGAAGAUAAAUGAAGACCUUGAAGAAACGAUGAUCAGUCACUCAAGUGAGAUCCUGGAAGAAUGCCUUAAUGAAAAUAAAGCCCAAGCAGCCAAAGACAAUCAAAAGAACAAUGUUAUAAAAUCCACUUAUGACGGAGUCCAAAUGACCGAAAGUACCGGGAUGCUGAACAAGAGAAAUGAUGAAGCGAAGGAGUUGGCAAGCAAACUGAAAGACGAUAG